AUGAUGUACACUAUCCAUGAUGCACACAAGAAAGGUGUUACAGCACUUGCCUCCACCAGCUGCUGCCGUCGCCUCGUGAGUGGUGGUGGGGAAGGCCAGGUACGUGUUUGGGACGUGUCUGAGUCACGUCAUAUUCCCGGACUCACACGUGCCUCUGGUGAACGGCGUGGGUCACAUCGUACUGGAGGAGCGGCUGGUGACCGGAUGACAGAGACGAGCUCGAGGUUUGUCACCAAGCUGACGGCCACCAUGAAAGAGCACGCAAACGCAGUUUCUUGCAUAAAAAUCAGCCGUGACGACAAGUCUUGCGUCUCGUCAUCUGCUGAUGGUACCUGCAUUGUAUGGUGUCUCGAGUAA